AUGCACCCCCAGCGGCCCCUUCCCCAGGCAAUGCCCGCCUCGGUGGGGCAGAACAUCCGAGACGCCUUCGGCUUCGGACGCGACGGCGGUGGCGGCUUCGGACGCGAUGGCGGUGGCGGCGGCGGCGGCUUCGGGCUGGGACGCGGCAAGAACUUUUUCGGCGGGAACUUCGGGUACGGCUUCAUCCAGUCUCUCAAAGAGUGCCUGUACUUUCUGCUGUGCUGCUGGUGCAUCAAGGAAAUCCUGGACUGA